AUGUCUAGCAAAGAUUUCAAGAUUGAACCAAACCAUACCAAUUUAAAUGCAAUUCAACAACAUUUCGAUGAAUUAAAGAUGGAAUUAAGUAAAAAACAACAAUUUCUAGAAAAAGGCACCAUAGUGACUCCAACGACUUCCAUUUCCUCCAUUACUUCUCUUUCUAGUAAAUCUAAUCAAAUAUCUUUUUGGAAAAGAAAGGACAAUAAGCUUCAAAAUGAUAUUUUUAAGUUGCAAAUAAAGAUUACAAAAUUAGAAAGAUAUUUAGAAGAAGAAAAAGAAGGUUCUUUGAUUCAACAUGUGAAAACUGUAGCCAAAGAAAUCAAUGAAGAUUCUAAAAUUACUGUCGCAAAUGAAAUAAAAGAAAAAUCAAAAAUAACAGUGGCCAGAGAAAUUAAUGAAGAUUCUAAAAUCACUGUCGCAAGUGAAAUUAAAGAAAAGUCCAAAAGAACUGUAGCUAAUGAAAUUAGAGAACAAACUAACACUACUGUAGCAGCUGAAAUAAGCGGUAGAUCAAAUGCCACUUUUUCUAAAGAACUUCGUGUAAAAUCUCAUUCUAAUAGACAUACAAAGACAGUGGCUGAGGAACUUACUGAUAUAUCACACGUAAGCAUGAAGAGAGAUAGAACCCAAAAUUCACAAAAGAGUACAACACCAACUCCCAUUAUUAAAUCAAAAAAAACUAAUGACAAAGAUAGAAGUUUUAUUAUAAUACAUUCAACCAAAUUUUUCCACAUUUUUGGAAAAGUGUUAUAG